GCCCCCACGGCACGCCCGCCUCAGCCCGCUGGCGUCUUCGGGCCUAGCAACCGAGGCAGCACGGAGAGCUGCGGGAUGUCGUGCGGUCCCGCCAUUCAGCCUUCCCACCUCGGGUUGUGGUUUAGGUUCAGCACGGUCCGGGGAACGAAGCGGCGCCACCGCGGACACACACUCUGCCGCAGGCCGCCCUGGCAUCGCUGCGGGGCUGUGCGGUGCCGGCGAGGGUGCGGGAGAGGCGGGUCGAAGUCCCGGGCCGGCUCAGCCGAGGGAGGAGCCGGGUCGCGCUGUCCCGCCCUCCGCACCUUGGUGUCCUGCCUGGCCCGGCUUCUGCUGCCCGGGGGCUCGCAGAGCUGGAGCAACCCACCAUGCCCGCUCUCGGUCUCCGUGCGUUUUCGCUCCCACGUGCACACCGAGCUUGGUUGUGCGCGAAGGUUCACUGGGCUGCGGGGCAUCCUGCCCUCCAGGAACGUGCCCUCGGCGUGGGCCGCCUGGUGUCCCCCCCAGGCUUGUUCCUGCUGCUUGUCUAGUACCUGUCGGCUGUUUCCCGCUGCCCUCGCUCAGCCCCUACUCUCCCAUUGCCUCCACGCAGCCCGAGUCUUCCCGAACAAGUUCCAGCCCUAUCCUAGACGUCAGGCGUUUCUAAGAGCCAGCGGAUGCAUUCAAAGAGGAUCUCACUUCAUAGUCCUGGCUGUCCUGAAACUCACUAUGCAGACCAAUUUGGCACGGAACUCACAGAAAUCUGUCUGCCUCUGCCUUCCCAGUGCUGGGAUGAAAGCUUUCUCACACAGUUGGAAGAGCAGCGGCUCUUCAGAAAUCCUCCAGGCCUUCAGUGCCGGACAGGACUGCUGAGGUGAUCAGCCUCCUGGACCACCAGUUUCCCAGUGACUCAGACUCUGUGAUGUACAGACAGCUCUGCUGGACCACCUAGAGUCUAACGGUAAGCCAAUCUAAUAGAUGCCCUUUGUAAGAUGUUCUACUGGUUUUUACACAGAACCCCGACUAGUACACUAGCCAAAGACAGAGAUGCUAGCCCUCAGAAACGGACAUUCUGUCACUGAUUUGUGACAACUUGAGCAAAUACGUGAUAAUAUACACUAAGUAAAUGGAAGAAAUUGCUCCCUAAUAGCAAAAUACAGUUGACAAAUGUUGAGGAAUAAGGAAAUUAAAAGAAAAAUAAUUACUCGGCAACUUUUAGGGUAAAAUCUCAAGCAAGGCGGCUAAGAGCACAUAGCUAAACUGGAUGACAUGCUAUUUAUGUGGUCUCAGAGUAUCCCUUUACAGAAGGCUUAAUAUGAAAGUGCCUGUUGGUUAUGAAGGGGAAACAGUGGCUUCACGGUGUUGCUCAGGUUAUUGCAGCAUCGAAGGGACAGAUGGACGGUGCGUCCCUCCUGCCAUCGGGUGUCAGAAGAGCAGCACUGCCCACAGUAUUCCAGCCACCUGCACAUUCCCAGUCUAAGGAGGACGUACCACGCUCAGACUGAGGGGCUUCCGUAAGCCAGUAGCCAAUACAAUCACAAACCACGAAGGCCAAGGAAGGAGUAAGGCGUGGUUCUAGGCGGAGACUCAAGAAAGUGGGACCACCGAAGCAACACAGGAUCCUGUUCUGCAGCUUCCAGCUAUGAAGGGUGUGACCAGGCAGCCGGGUGUGAGUAGGAUGAAAUUAUUUACAGUGCUUUCAUAACCUUUCUAUUAGUAUGAAAUUAUUUACAAAAUCCAAAGCACCAGUUAACUUUUGUUCAAAAACUUUUAUUUACUAUAAAGACAAAACACCAAAAUAGGUACAAAUACUAUAAAAUUGGUUCAAAGGGGUAAAAAUUUUAAUUAAAAUAUCUCGAUAUAUUUAAAAUAACAAAGGAUACAUUUAAGCCAAAUUUUCUUAACCCAGAGGUUUUUUGUAGCAUUUGCUUACACAGUAAGGUGCUAAUAGGAGUUAGCCCUUAAGCCCUGGAAGUCUUAGGAAUCAUAGUCACACAGCACAUAGAAUGUCAUUGUGAGAGUGAACUUUGGUAGAAGAAAAAUCUAUAGGACACCUGAGGUAGUAGAAACUGGAAUAAACAGCAGUAGACGUUAUUUACAACUUGAGUACCAAAUAACAUUAAAAACACAAAAAUAAUUACACAGUACAAUUUUCAGUCCAGCUUUGAUCCAAAGAAAAUAAGAAUAUUACAUCACAUUUGCAUCAAAAACAAAACACCACAAUUACCAGCAAGCUGAGGGAACUGCACACAAACUCAAACACAGUGGAUCUUGACAUCUGGAGACGGUUUGAGUCUGAAAUGUGGUGGGCAUGUUGAUCUACACAGUAAUACUGAUUAGCUGAGGUUCCUCAGUUUAUACAGUUUACACCUCUGUCAGACAGUGUGAAUCUGACCAAUGAUCUUCCAGUACAUACAAUGGCAAGAGUGCAUCCUUUAAAGCUUGCACACGAGACUCGGAAACAAUCUUAUUAGAACUGUGAAAAUUCUAAGUAGUCAAAAAGUAAAAAUAAAAAGAAAAUAAAAAAAGAAGUCAAGUACAACACAUUUAGCAUUACCAAACUUCACAUUUCUGUAUUAUUUUUAACUCUUCAAAUAUUGCCAAUCUUCCCAAACAAAGGAAUGUAAAAUUUCACAGAAAAACUGUCUUUGAAAAUUAUCUGCAAUAUAUCCCUGUAAACUUAUCUUGGAACUUAUUUUACUUCCAAUUUGUGUUGUACAUGUCAAAUGUACUACAUAUAUAUAGCUUAUUUAGUUUAUCCUGAGUCUUUGAGAAUAACCAAUUCUAUUUCACACUGGCUUCUGAAGAGUUAAAACUUAACAUUUCAAAGUUACAUUUAAAAGCUAAUCAGUACUUGAUUUAAAAGACACACAUGCAAAGAUCUACCAUUUUCCUUCAGGAUUCCAUGCAUCUGAAUUCAUCUUGAGGUUAAGACAAUUAAAUAGUUGUGCAAAUUCCAGGAAUUAGUGUGUAAAUGAAAUUCAACUUUACUUUUCCGUCUGAACAUUUUUAAAAUGCAAAGCAAAUUGAUUGAUUGUUUGAAAACGUUGCUGAUUGGUAGGUGAGUCCAAGAGUUUUUCAGCCGGGUCUAGUAUAAAAACAUCGUGCAUGGUACAGGGAAACAGCAGUUCCGUUACGAUCGGUGGGAAUGAAUGAUGGAUUGUUACCAAGAGGAAGAUUUAAACGGCAGGA